CGUCACAAAGCCCCUGCCAUGCCUCUGGCCUUGGCCCUCCUGCUGCUCCUGGGGUUGAGCACCCGCCGAGGCUGGGGCUGCCUGCAGUGUGACAACUCGGUGCGGGAGGCCCUGAGGCAGCUGCGCUCCGCCCUCAUCCCCAGCCGCUUCCAUCUACAGCAGCUGCAGGCCCGCGCUCAGGCCCUGCUGCUGGGCAUGGAGGGGCCUUUCUUCCGGGACUACGCGCUGAACGCCUUUGUCGGGAAAGUGGGUUUAGAGCAUCUGGACCUUGUGGCGUCCUUCCUCAAGAAUCAAACAAACAGCUUAAAGGUUAAUUCUCUGAAAGAUGGGCCUCUGCUAGAUGAACUGGUGGCUGUCAGGGAGAGGGUGAUCAAGGAACUCAAGAAAGUUUUAAGAUCGUAUGAAUUAAAAGCCUGCGAUCCCAAAAUUUGCCGCUUGCUGAAAGAAGAGGUCUUGGAUUGUUUACAUUGCCAGAAGACCAGUCCGAAAUGUAUCAAAGAAAAGUACUGUUUUGUACAUCUGUGGACUCAAGCCUGGUCCUUUCUUCUGCAGGUGCAUGCCUGGGACCCAACAAUGGCCAUCAGGAGCCUGAUGGGCAAAGGCCAGGAAUCAGUGACCUUCAGAGACGUGGCCGUGGACUUCACCCUGGAGGAGUGGGGCCAGCUGGGACCUGGCCAGAGGGAGCUGUAUCGGGAUGUGAUGCUGGAGAACUACCAGAACCUUCUCUCGCUGGGGGCAGGGCUUCCUGGGUCCAAACCCGAUGUGAUCUCCCGUCUCGAGCGAGGGGAAGAGCCCAGGAUGGAAGCCAGAGAAGACUGGCGAGUUACCUGUUCAGACGUGGAGACAAGCUCAGCAACUACUCAGGAGAAAUUUCUAAAAAAGAGUUUUUCUGAAGAGGCAGCUUCCCCAGUGGGAAAGACGGAGGGAAUUUUAAGGGCAGUGCUUGGAGACUCCAAGAUGGGGGACUCCUGGACCUGUGGCCAUCAACUGGAGGGCCAGGGAAAGCAAGAGAAGCAUUUGCAGUGGCUGUUUGCUGCUCCCAAGGAAAACACAUGUGGGGAGAGAGGCUUUGGCUGUAAUGAGAUGGGGAGAAGCUUCAGGCAGACCUCAGCCUUCAUCAGGAAGCAAAGAGUGCCUGGGAGAGAGAGGCCUCAGAAGUGGACCGGGCCAAGAAAUAGCCUGAGGUACCAAAGGACCUUCAUAGAAAAGAAAACAUUUAACUGCAUGGAAUGUGGGAAAGCCUUCAUCUACCAUUCAGACUACGUCCUACACCAGAGAAUUCACACCGGAGAGAAGCCCUACAAGUGUAACGAUUGCGGGAAGGCAUUCAGCAACAGCUCAUCCCUGACCCAGCACCAGCGAGUCCACACCGGAGAAAAGCCCUACGAGUGCCCUGAGUGUGGCAAGGCCUUCAGCCACAGUUCGUCCCUGACUCAGCAUCAGAGGAUCCACACCGGCGAGAAGCCCUAUGCGUGUCACGACUGUGGGAAGGCUUACACACAGAUUUCCCACCUCAUGAGGCACCAGAGCAUUCACCUGGGGGAGAAACCUUAUAUAUGUAAUGAGUGUGGAAAGGCUUUCAGUCACACCUCCUCCUUCACUCAACACCAGACGAUUCACACUGGGGAGAAGCCCUACAAAUGUAACGAAUGUGGGAAAACCUUCAGCCAGAACUCUUCACUUAGGCGCCACCAGAGGAUUCACACUGGGGAGAAGCCCUAUGAAUGUAAAGUUUGUGGGAAGUCCUACACCCAGAUUUCCCACCUCAUUCAACACCAGAGGACUCACACUGGAGAGAAACCCUAUGAGUGCAGCGAGUGUGGGAAAGCCUUCAGCCGGAGCACCCACCUGAUCGAGCAUCAGAAGAUCCACACGGGCGAGAAACCCUAUAAGUGUCAGGAGUGUGGGAAAACAUUCAGUCACAACUCCUCCCUCACGCAGCAUCAGAGGAUUCACACUGGUGAGAAGCCCUACGCCUGUAAGGAAUGCGGGAAAGCCUUCAACCAGGGCAUCCACCUGAUUCAGCAUCAGAGGAUUCACACCGGGGAGAAACCCUACAGAUGUCAGAACUGUGGGAAGUCCUAUACCCAGAUUUCACACCUCAUUCAACACCAGAAAGUUCAAAGGGGUGGCAAGGGCUGUACACAUAAAGAAUGUGGAGAGAACUUCAGCUGGGGUUCACAGUUGACCAGACAUCGGAGACGUCAUCCUGUGCAUGAUGGCUACAUCUGCAGCAAUUUCGAGAAGGGCUUUGCUUGGAACACACAGCUCGCUGGCCAUCAGAGAACUCAUGCUGACUAGCGAGCCUGAGGAUGAAACAAACCAGCAGUUCUGUAGUUGGGUUCCGUUUAGUCAUCAGCACUAGUAACUUCCUCCCAGAAGGGAGCCCUAACACCAUAUGCUGACAGCGCUGGUUUCUUUCUUUCCUAGAAGAAAGAUGGCACCAUUUAUCACCAGCUGGGACAGCUUUUGAUCAUUUUAAGAGCUUCCCCCUAAAAUAACAGUUUUUUACCCUCUUUCUCAACCCUAAAAACAUAAAUGCCAGAUGAUUUUAGUUUCCUUUAAAACUUUAAGCUACAAAUUUCACGGGAAAAUCUGCAGUUGGCUUAAACACAGAAUAUGUUUCAGGCAUUUCCAGCCAUUUUUUAAAAUGUCCCCUUGUUUCUGUUUUUCCAUUUCCAGGAUUUAUGCUUUACAAAGCAAUUGCCCUAUUAAGUAUCAUUUUCUAAUUUUAUUCAUGCCCAAAGGGAGGUUUUUCUUCCCUCAUAUUUUGAAACAUGGUAUUUAUUUUUUAUUAUAAAACAAUACACAUACUUUUAUAACAGGAAAAUUUUUAUGUAAAAUAAUAUAAGGUCAUUGUGAAGGAUAAUUUGGAAAGUCUAGAGAAGUAGGAACUAAAAUACCAAUUCCACAUAAUCCUACAGCCCAGAGAGUUCUGCUAGUCCCUUUGGGGUGUAUUUUUUCUGUUUUGUUUUUUACUCUGUAUUCCAUAUCCAUAUUUUUAAAUGUUGAAAAAUGUAGAUCAUAAAACAAGAGCCACAUAUUCACCUACAACUUGGCCACCCUCAGAGGUCAUAUUGUUUUGAUUUUUUUCAUAUUUCCUCCCAAAUAUCAUUUAAAAAUAAAUGUUAUUUGAUGUAAUUGUAAUCAGAGUGUAGAAACAAUUUUGGCUUCUCUGUUUUGUCCUCAUUAUAUCACAAACGUUGUCCUUUGUCACCAUAUAAACUUCAUACUUAUCAUUAUUAGGACUAAUAAUAUUUCAUUGGUAGGUAUGGAAUAAUUUACUAUCCAUUCCCCAAUUUAGGCUUUGUGCCAAGUCCCCAGUUGGCACAGGUUAUUUACCAGUUUUCCCAAUUAUGGAUCACGUUACAAUGAGCGUUACUUUGCUUAUUCCCGCUUUCCUUUUGGGAGCAUUAUUUCUCUAAGUCAAAUUCCCAAGAUGGGAAUAACAGACUCAAGACUCUAAACAUUUUCUUGGUUCCUGAAACAGGUUGUCAAAUUGCUUUCCAAAGAAGAUGGAUCUCAACUACCUGGCACAAGCUGGGAUGUGAGGACAACAGUUCUGUUACAUUUUUACCAGCGCAGAACAGCAAUCAUACCAUUUUCCCCCAUGUCAAGCAUAUAAAAGGGCUAGUGCUUUCAGUAAUUUACUUUGUGCCAAUUUCAUUCUAAGUCUUUGGUAUGUACAAACUCCUUUCAUUCUUCAAACAACCACAUAGGUUCAUGGCUGUAUUGUCCCAUUUCACAGAUGAGGAUACUGAGGCCCACAGAUGAUGUGGCCAGAGUCUCACAGCUAUGAGGUCAUGGAGUCUGGAUGCAAGCCUCCAGAAGCCAUGCACUGAACUUCAACUGGGACUGAAUACUUUCCAUAUGUAACAUUUCCUUCUUAAAAGAAUAUUUAUUAUCUUAUAAUAAAAACCAAUACAUUUUCUUAUAGAAAAUUUGGAAGAGUUCACCAAAUGCUACUCAGAGAUAACUGUUAACAUUUUGCUACACUUUGGCUAUUUUUAUUUUUUAUUUAAUUUUUAUUUUUUUAAUGGAGGUCCUGGGGAUUGAACCCAGGAUCUGGUACAUGCUAAGCAUGCUCUCUGUCACUGAGCAAUUACCCUCCCCCUGACUUUAACUAUUUUUUAAACUUAAUUAUAAUAUUAUGAUGAUUUAAUAAAUCUGGGGCAUAUUUAAUAUACAGUUUAUGGUACUUCUAUGUUUAUUUAACUUUGUAUCCCAGGCCCCUAUUAUUAAAUAUGAUGAUUUACCCACAUCAUUAUACCCAUGUCAUUAAAUACCCAUGUUAUUCAAUAAUCUUUAACAAUCUGAUGUUUGGGGGCUUUGCACAGUUUGUAUUUUCAACCAAUGUAUUAGCCAGUCCCCUGUUGUAUAUUGUGGUUGCUUCCAGUUUUUUACUAAACACCACUUCUACUGAAGUCUUAGGGGCUGACCACUGGACCAGUUCUCAAGUAAAAUCCUUGCAGCGAGGUCUUGGGGUCAAAGAGAGAACAUUUCAGUGACCCCGUGCACGUAGCCAAUGGCUUCCCAGAAGUUCCAUAUCAGUUGGCAGUCUGAUUGGCAGUGGAUGGGACCUCAUCUCACCAGCACCAUCAGUGGUAACUAUGACCAUGUUUGAAACUCUUUGCUCACAUCUUUCUUCUAAUUUUCUGUGACUUCUUUCAUGAUUGAAGAAAUAUUUUUUAUUGUGAAUAAUUCAAACAACAUAACAAUGAAGAAAGGCCCUCUGUGAAUCUUCUUUCCAAAGAUUCUAUUUUUUAAUUUUAAUUUUUAAUAAGGUACCAGGGCUUGAACCCAGGACCUCAUGCAUGCUAAGCAUGCACUCUACCACUGAGCUAUACCCUCUCCCCAUUCAAAAGAUUGUAGACCUUCUUCUGUGAAUAUGAACCUCCCUUUCUGUUUUUAUGUAUAUAGAAAGAUAUACAUAUAUAAAAUACUGUUUACAUAGUAUAAUCACACACAUGUGAUUUUAGAAGUGACUUUUUUUACUUGAUACAGGGUGAGUAUUUUCCUGUGGUAAUAAAAAAUACAUAAUGUAUUGAGUACAUGUUAUACAAACAUAUAUACAUAUGUACAUAAAUAUGUGUCAUUUGUCUUUUAAUAUUUCAUGUGAGGGUUUCUUGAAUUUAUUCAAUGAAACUCUAUUAAUGGACAUUUGGGUGGUUUUAUUUUCUUUUCCAUCAUUGAAUAUAUAUUAUUUAACACUUGUGCAGACUAUCUCUAAAGAUGAAUUCCUAGAAGUAAACUUGUAAGAUUAUAGAAUGUCCAUGUUUAAAAUUUUGUUAGUUAUUGCUAAAUAAUCCUUCAAAAAAGGAUAAACAAUUACUUGACUCCUGGAAAUGUAUAAGGGUGCCUAUUCCCGUUCCUCCACUUCCUUCCCAAAUACUCUGUAUUAACCUUUUUAAAAAAUUUUAGCAUUUCUAAUCUAAUAAGUAAAAGUGUCCUAUUGAGAGCAAGAUUAUCUUUUUAUGCACUUACUGAUGUUUUGUCUUCUGAGAAUUACUUAUUUGUAUAAAUUUUGCCCAUUUUUAAUUGGGCUGUCUUUUUUGUAUUGAUUUAUAGGAGCAAGUCUUCAUAUAUUACACAUAGUAACUCUUUAGUAUAUACAUUCCUAAUAUUUUCUCCCAGUUUGUGAUUUCUCUUUCAAUUUUGUGUGUGGUGCAUUUUGCUAUACAAAAUUUUUAAAGUUUUAGGUAUUGAACUCUAUUUCUUUUUAUAGUUCUUGGACCUACCGUCAUACUAAGAAAUGCCUUCCUCACCUCCAAGAUUAUGUAAAAAGUUCUUCUAUAUUUUAUGCUAGAACUUUUAUGAUUUUUUAACAAUUAAAUUUUUAUUCCUUCUGCA